AUGAAGGCCGGCGCAGGACUCUUCUCUGCAUUGGCUCUGUUCCUCCUGAUGGGGGCAGUGUUCACCCAGAGACCUCGGGUAAGGAAGCCCACCAAGCGCCCCACCACCACCAGGAAGCCUUCUGUCCCCCAGCCUGCUGUACCGGCAGGGCCAGAGCCCCAGGAGCCUACAGACUUCCCCCCUCCCAUCCUGGGCCCACCCUCCAUGUAUCCUGACUGCCCUCGAGAGUGUUUCUGCUCCCCGAGCUAUCCCAACGCUCUCAACUGUGAGAACCGGAACAUCCGUGCGAUCCCUGUCAUCCCACCCAGGACCCACUACCUGUACCUGCAGAACAACUACAUCUCAGAAGUCACAGCAGAACCGUUCCUCAACGCCACCGAUAUCCGUUGGGUCAACUUGGCCAAUAAUCGAAUUCAUCGGAUAGACAAAAAUGUGUUUCAGAAGGUCCCAGCCCUGCUGUACCUCUAUGCACAGCGUAACCAACUGAAAGAGGUCCCAUCUGGUCUCCCAGCGAGCCUAGAACAGCUUCGCCUCGGUAGGAAUCGUAUUUCUAAGAUCCCUGCCGGUGCUUUCAACAAGAUGGGAAACCUGACGAUGCUUGACCUGUACCACAACCAGCUGAGUGACAGUGAUCUGGGAAAGAACACAUUUAAGGACCUGAAGAGCCUCAUGCAGCUCAAUCUCGCUCACAACGUCCUGAAAAAGAUGCCUGCUGGCGUACCUCAUAGCCUCAUGCAGCUUUUCCUGGACAGGAACCAUAUUGAUGACAUCCCAAAAGAUUACUUCGAUGGCUUUGGCCACCUGGCGUUUGUGAGGCUGAACUACAACCAGCUAAGUGAUAAAGGUCUUCCAAAGAAUGUCUUCAAUAUAUCCACCCUGCUGGACCUGCAACUGUCCCACAACCAGCUCUCUUCUGUUCCUCACUUCAACGGUCACCUGGAGCACCUGCACCUCAACCACAACUCCAUCGAGAGCAUCAAUGGCACCCAGAUCUGUCCAUUCAGCCUGCACGUAGACGUAAACGAUCUCAGCUUGGUGCCCAGACUAAGGUACCUGCGUUUGGAUGGAAAUCACCUCAGCCCCCCCAUCCCUCUGGAUGUCAUCAUGUGCUUCAGACACCUCCACUCUAUUGUCAUUUAGAAGAAAUGCUUCAAGGCCUGGGGUUAUGCACGCACAUACGCAAACACACACUGUGUGCAAACUGAAUCAAGGGCAAAGCAUGCUCGGUGAGAAACCGUACAUACUGUGGAGCUGCAAUAUGGGAAGAGAUACAAAUAAAGGACAAAACUGUUCAGCUUUGAUAGUUCAACUGUUAUUGUUGCAGGAUGUAAUAAAAUUUGAACUUCAAAGAGGGGAUAUACCGAGCUUUAGGGUUAGGGGUUUUUGCUACAUUUUAUAAGUCAUUUUUUGUUUAUAGAAAUACAACGCAAAAAAAACAAACUAGAAUGAGUAAAACCUGAAAAUACAGGUACAUUGACAGACCUGCUACAAAUAUAAAAGGUAGUUAUGUUCAUUAGCAGAUGUGACCAGAGUAGAGCUGCCACCAGCAGAGCUGCAGUGGAUGUCAAAAGAAAACAUAACUACCGUGUAGUUGAAACUGUCCCAAAUGUGCCUGUGAUUUUCAAGGUACUCCAUGUAAAAAUGUCAUUGUAUUCUUUUUAUUCUUAGUCUUAUGUAUAUUAUUCUUCUGUAUAGAGAAGCUUUGUACAAAUAAUAGAAAAUAAAACUUUUUUCCUUGAUCAUUUGAUCGUGUUGGAUUUUUGAAAUUCUUCUCAUCACCCAUAUAUACCAUCAUGUAUAUAAUGAAUAUAUCUGAGUAUAUUUAUGCAACCUAGCCCUGCAACUCAACUACUGUGCUAAAGUACAAUUUUAGGUACUUGUGUUUUACUUCAAUAUUUAUAUUUCAUGCUUCUUUAUACUAUUACUCCACGGCAUUGUGGAAAUAUUGUAUUUUUUAUUUGACAGCUUUAGUUACUUUACAGAACAUUUGAACAUUACAAAACAUUUUUUUUAACUAAUCUGUUAGGAUAUCAUAUAUUAAACUACUUAUGGUAUAAAAGUAAUUAAAAUGAUCCCCAUCUUUCCAGUGAUGUAUUAUAUUAAUAACUAUAAACCAAUGAUGAUACACGUUUGCUCAUGAAGUUGGAAUAAAAUAUUUUUUACCUCUUUCCAUGAAAUGAUUGUGACAAUGUGAUUUAUUCUUGUAUAUUUUCUCAAAACUGAAUUCAUCAUGUUUGUAAUCAUGAUUGUGUCUGAAAACAAAUUAUUUCAACUUUAUGGACCACAGUGUAUAUACUGCAAUUUACUGGUUUCCAACCUAUGGGGGAUC